UUACCCAUUGUCUUGUCUCUGUUUUCAUCACAAAAAACAUUAUAUUCUCCAACCAAAUAAGAGAGAAGCUCCGAGACAAUGGGUUCCAUUAAAAACCUUCUCAUCACCAUCGUGUCCCUGACUUCGCUUUUACAGUCCACCACCCACGCCUUCGUCCAAUCUCCUUCUCCCUCCCCGUCUUCCUCCCAAACCCUCCUCGUAAACCCCAACAACAUCCUCGGCGCACCAUCCAACACAGUCGACAACCUCUUCAAACCCAGCCUCCACAUCCUAGACUUCUGCCAAGACACAGAGAGCCCUGCGCUCUGCGUUGAAACUAUUGCCCCAUCCCUGGAAGGCACCUUCGACCCCAUCAAGGCUCUCGAGACCGAAAUGGAAGCCACAUUUGCCCAAAGCAAGAAGGUCGCCAAGAUCAUCUCCGAGGCACUGAGAAACCCUAACACCGACCCAAGGGCACAUGGCGCCCUCGCCAUUUGCAAGUCUCAAUACAGGAGCAUUAUGGAAACUGUGAACGAUGCCGUGGAAUUGUUGAACCAACAGAAUGUGGUUGAUGCUUAUUACAAGUUCAGCUCCGUUCUCUCUGACCAAGCAACCUGUGAGGACGCGUUUGUGGAAUCCCCCGGAGUUACCAUUCCCUUCUCCGAUGAAUCUCACACUGUCUAUCAGCUUGGUGGGAACUGCUUGGCCAUCAUGGAAGGGAUGGUUAAUAGUCGUAACCGUUUUAUCUUGGUUUGAUUAUUGCGUGGGAGGAGAACAAGAAAGAUGAACGUGGAUGCAUGCAUGCAUGAACGUCCAGUGAUAUCAUAUUUAUAUUAACUACUUGUGUUCGUUAUCGUUUCGUUGCAAGGUUGUUUCGUGGUCACUGCUGUGAUCGUGAAAAAUCACACUGCAAGAGGGCUCAAGGGUUUUGAAAUUUUGUAAGUUUUGAAAAACGAUGAUGGACUGAUAGGGUUAAAUCCAUUUGAGUAGGUAUGGUUGUAUCAUGAGGAGCUGCAAUUCUGCAGUUUUAUUUAAUGAUAAUGUCGGAG